AUGACUUCGCGAAUGGACUUUACGGACCGUGCUCAAAAGGCCAUCGAGGACGCCAUGUCCAUGGCUGAGCAGUACGGCCACUCACAGCUCCUACCUGUACACUUGGCCGUGUCUUUGCUGGAGCCCCCUGUCGACCAAUCCAAAGACCAGCAGAAUGGUCCUCCACAGACCACCGUCACUCUCUUCCGACAAGCCAUCGAACGAGCACAUGGAGAUCCUCAGCUCCUCGACCGUGCGCUGAAAAAGGUCUUGGUACGGCUACCAAGCCAAGACCCUCCCCCUGAUCAGGUCUCGCUGUCACCUUCAUUCCACACCGUUCUGCGGAAGGCCCAGGAGUUGCAAAAAGUUCAAAAGGAUACGUUCAUCGCAGUCGACCAUCUCAUCACGGCUCUAUCCGAGGAUGUCGGUAUCCAGGCUGCUCUCAGAGAGGGCAACAUUCCCAAGCCCAAGUUACUUCAAGAAGCUGUCACCGCCAUCCGCGGCACUCGGAGGGUGGACAGCAAAAACGCAGAUACAGAACAAGAAAACGAGAACUUGGCCAAAUUCACCAUCGACAUGACCGCCCUCGCGAGAGACAAGAAGAUCGACCCUGUUAUUGGCAGAGAAGAAGAAAUCAGACGAGUUGUGCGAAUCCUCUCUCGCAGAACAAAGAACAACCCGGUUCUUAUUGGUGAGCCCGGUGUUGGAAAGACCACCGUCGUCGAGGGCCUGGCCCAGCGAAUUGUCAAUCGAGACGUUCCCGACAACCUCAAGGCCUGCAAGCUUCUCUCCCUUGAUGUCGGUGCGCUGGUUGCCGGCAGCAAGUUCCGUGGUGAAUUCGAAGAGAGAAUGAAGGGCGUUCUGAAGGAGGUCACCGAGUCCAAGGAGAUGAUUGUUCUCUUUGUUGACGAGAUUCACCUGCUCAUGGGAGCCGGUUCGUCUGGUGAAGGCGGUAUGGACGCUGCCAACUUGCUGAAACCAAUGCUUGCUCGUGGUCAACUGCACUGUAUCGGUGCGACGACAUUGGCCGAGUAUCGCAAGUACGUUGAGAAGGAUGCUGCUUUUGAGCGUCGUUUUCAACAGGUUCUGGUCAAGGAGCCCACCAUUCCUGAGACCAUCUCCAUCUUGCGUGGCCUGAAGAGCAAAUAUGACAGCCACCACAAGGUCAGCAUUCUCGACAGCGCCUUGGUGGCCGCAGCCAAUCUUGCUGCGAGAUAUCUCACCUCGCGACGCAUGCCCGACUCGGCAAUCGAUCUCAUCGACGAAGCUGCCGCAGCAGUUCGAGUCGCUAGAGAAUCUCAACCCGAAAUCAUCGACUCUCUAGAGCGCAAGCUGAGGCAGUUCAAGAUUGAAAUCGCAGCUUUAGAAAAGGAACAUGACGAGGCAUCCCAGGUCCGUCUGCAGCAGGCGAAGAAGGAUGCCCAGAAUGUUGAAGAAGAGCUACAGCCCCUCCGCGAAAAAUACCAGAAUGAUAUCAAACGAAACGAUGAAAUCCAUCAGGCCAAGGACAAGCUCGAAGAUUUGAAGAAGCGACUUGAGGAUGCCAUCAAUGCAGGAAACCACCAGCGGGCUGCCGAUCUCAAGUACGGUGCUAUUCUCGAACAAGAGGCACUGAUUAAGAAGCUGGAGGACAAGAAGAAUGCCGCUGAUGUCGCGCUCAACGCAAAUGGCGACACCAGCGUCAUGGUCACCGAUAUCGUGACGGCAGAUAACAUCAAUGAAAUCGUCGCGCGAUGGACUGGCAUCCCUGUUACCCGACUAAGGACGUCGGAAAAGGAGAAGCUUAUUCAAAUGGAAAAGGUCUUGAGCAAGGUGGUCGUUGGCCAGAAGGAGGCUGUCCAGUCGGUCGCCAACGCCAUCCGACUUCAGCGCUCAGGUCUCAGCAACCCCAACCAGCCACCUAGCUUCCUGUUCUGUGGUCCAUCAGGUACCGGCAAGACGCUCCUUACGAAGGCUCUGGCCGAAUUCCUGUUUGACGACCCAAAAUCCAUGAUUCGCUUUGACAUGUCCGAAUACCAAGAGCGACAUGCACUGAGUCGUAUGAUUGGUGCCCCGCCAGGAUAUGUCGGCCACGAUGCCGGUGGUCAGUUGACUGAGGCACUUCGACGAAAGCCAUUCUCAAUCUUGCUGUUUGACGAAGUCGAGAAGGCCGCCAAAGAAAUCUUGACGGUUCUCCUUCAGCUCAUGGAUGAUGGCCGAAUUACCGACGGCCAGGGCAGAGUCAUUGACUGCAAGAACUGUAUUGUCGUCAUGACAUCCAACCUGGGAGCUGAGUACCUUGUCCGCCCAGGCGUAAAGGAGGGCAGAGUCGAUGCCAACACACGGGAGCUGGUCAUGAGCGCUCUCCGCAACUACUUCUUGCCCGAGUUCUUGAACCGUAUCAACUCCGUCGUCAUCUUCAAUAGACUGACGCGCAAGGAGAUCCGCAAGAUUGUCGACUUACGUAUCACGGAAAUUCAGAAACGGCUGGAAGACAAUGGCCGCAAGGUCCAUAUCUUGGUCUCUGAUGAGGCCAAGGACUACUUGGGCAACGCGGGUUACUCCCCGGCAUACGGAGCUCGACCACUGGCUCGUCUGAUUGAGAAAGAGGUGCUUAACAGGCUUGCCAUUCUCAUUCUCCGAAACAGCAUUCGCGACGGCGAGACUGCCCACGUGGAGCUUGAUGACAACAAGAUUGUUGUGCUGUCGAACCAUCCCGAUAGCGGAACAGAUGAUGAUGACGAAGACAUGUAUGACGAGGAUGACGUUGAGGAUGUGAUUGGAGAGGACAUGGACGAAGACAUUUAUGAUUAA